AAUUUUUUCUUUUUCAGUUUUAUGCAUUUAUUACAUUACAUCUGAAGCAGUGGAUGUGGAUGAGUUGCUAAUGUUUCUGAGGGAAGACAAGAACAAGAUUUUCUAGUAUAAUUUGACUCUUAAUUAUUCAGGUUUCGAGUUCUUGUAAUUGGAGGAGGUUUUAAAUUCUUUUUUCGAGAAAAUCUAAUCACAAAAAGAAGAUUUUGAUGGGUUCAAUUGCAGAACCAGUCCAAGAAAUAAAAAUCAGCAAGCCCCCGGGGAUCCGAUUUGCAGAGUACAUAAAAAGAUCGACCAUUUCUUACCGAACCUAUCAAGCCAUUGUCCUAUUAGUAACUUUUUUAGCGUACACAGCUUACCACGCUACACGAAAAACUACUAGCAUUGUGAAAAGUGCACUCGAUCCCCAAUCACCGGAUGUGAACUUGAAAUCGUCCUUCUCGUGGAGAAGGGCAUAUGCACACAAGCCAUUGGAGAUCACUAGAAAUUCAUGGAUGCUUGGAGCGGGUUGGGAACCAUUUAAUGGUUCCGAUGGUACAUCAUUGCUCGGUGAACUUGACGUGGGGUUCCUCUUUGUUUAUGCUAUCGGAAUGUUCUUCUCCAGGCACAUGGGUGAUCGAAUGGAUUUUAGACGAUUUCUGACCAUAGGAAUGGUGGGAACUGGUGUAUUCACUGCUCUAUUUGGAGUUGGAUAUUGGGCGAACGUUCAUAUCUUUUAUUACUACUUGAUAGUCCAAAUGCUUGCCGGAUUGUUCCAAUCGACUGGUUGGCCUUCUGUUGUUGCAGUCAUAGGUAAUUGGUUCGGCAAGAAGAAGCGAGGAGUUAUAAUGGGUAUAUGGAAUGCUCACACCUCGAUUGGGAACAUUACAGGGUCUCUGGUUGCUUCUAUUUUGUUGAAGUAUGGAUGGGGUUGGUCCAUGGUUGUUCCCGGUCUAGGCACAACUUUUAUCGGGCUAGCCGUAUUUCUUUUGUUACCGGUAAGUCCUGAAUCCGUUGGAGCUGAUAUAGACUACGAUGAUCUCCCCUCUCCCAAAAAAGUAGGGGAAGAAGUUGUUUCGCGCGUGUUAAUUCGCUAA